CGCGACAAUGUGCCAAAGCCGUCCAACCAAACUGGACACGCUGACGGCGGCAGGAUACCGCAAAGUCGACGGUGCUCCGGAUCCUCUCCCGUUGGAGCCACCCACGAUCACUCUGAAGGACCUCCGUGCGGCGAUUCCGGCGCACUGUUUUGAACGUAGCUUUGUCAAGAGUUUCUACUACCUUGUCGUCAACAUUGCCAUCUGCGCCGCGAUCUUUGGGGUGGCGCUGUACGUGAAUGCGACCGAAUUGCCUUACCCUGUGAAGGCUUUGGCGUGGAUCGUGUACUACUUUGUCCAGGGAACGUACUUCACGGGCAUCUGGGUAAUCGCCCACGAAUGCGGGCACCAAGCGUUCUCGGACUCGGAAUUUGUCAACGACGCUGUGGGUAUCGUGCUUCACUCGCUCUUGUUUGUGCCGUACCAUGCGUGGAAAAUCACCCAUCGCCGCCACCACUCGAACACAGGAAGCUGCGAGAACGACGAAGUGUUUGUUCCCAACACACGCUCGGACGUGGAGGCUGCGGGCGACCACUCGCUCUUGGAAGACUCGCCGCUUUACAACCUGUACAAGAUCACCCUCAUGUUGACUGUGGGUUGGAUGCCUGGUUACCUCUUCUUUAACGCGACGGGACCGAGCAAGUACGAAGGUCAACCCAAGUCGCACUUCAACCCCUACGCUGCAUUCAUUCUACCCAAGGAACGAUUGAGCAUUUGGUGGAGCGAUAUUUGCUUCCUCGGCGCUCUGUACCUCCUCGUGUCUGCCAUCUACACCUACGGCAUUGUGAACGUGUGGAAUUUCUACUUCGCCCCGUACAUGGUGUGCAAUGCGUACUUGGUCCUGAUCACGUACCUCCAGCACACAGACACUUUCGUCCCGCACUUUCGCGGCGACGAGUGGAACUGGUUGCGCGGAGCGCUGUGCACGGUGGACCGUUCUUUCGGGUCAUGGAUUGACGGUGCCAUCCAUCACAUCGCCGACACCCACGUGACGCACCACAUCUUCUCGAAGAUGCCGUUCUACAACGCCGAGGAAGCGACCAAGGCGAUUGUGCCGCUCCUGGGAGACUACUACUUGAAGGACCCGACGCCGAUCCCGUUUGCGUUGUGGCGUUCAUUUUCGCACUGCAAAUUUGUCGAAGACACGGGCAACGUUGUGUUUUACAAGCGCAAGCUCCAUGAUAAAUAAGCGUGAGUUAACGUGAACGACGUGUGGCUCAGCCAUUAUCCA